UUCCCCCUUCCCCAGAACCUUUGAUCUUGAAGAUGGUGAGUAGCCAGCCUAAGUACGAUCUAAUUCGGGAGGUUGGUCGUGGCAGUUAUGGUGUGGUGUACGAAGCAGUCGUCAGGAAGACCUCUGCCCGGGUGGCGGUGAAAAAGAUUCGGUGCCAUGCUCCAGAGAACGUGGAACUAGCUCUGCGUGAGUUCUGGGCACUUAGCAGUAUCAAGAGCCAGCAUCCCAACGUCAUUCACCUGGAGGAGUGCAUCUUGCAGAAAGAUGGCAUGGUGCAGAAGAUGUCCCAUGGCUCCAGUUCCUCCCUUUAUUUACAGCUUGUAGAGACCUCGUUAAAAGGAGAGAUAGUCUUUGACCCCAGAAGUGCUUAUUACCUCUGGUUUGUGAUGGAUUUCUGUGAUGGGGGAGACAUGAACGAGUACCUGCUGUCCCGAAAGCCCAGCCGCAGGACCAACACCAGCUUCAUGCUGCAGCUGAGCAGCGCGCUGGCCUUCCUGCACAGGAACCAGAUCAUCCACAGGGACCUCAAACCCGACAACAUCCUCAUCUCCCAGAGCAGGUUGGACACCACCGACUUAGAGCCUACCCUGAAAGUAGCUGAUUUUGGGCUCAGCAAAGUGUGCUCGGCCUCGGGACAGAACCCCGAGGAGCCGGUCAACGUAAACAAGUGUUUUCUAUCCACUGCGUGUGGGACUGACUUCUAUAUGGCCCCUGAAGUUUGGGAGGGACACUACACUGCCAAAGCAGACAUCUUUGCCUUGGGGAUCAUCAUCUGGGCAAUGCUGGAAAGAAUCACGUUCAUAGAUACAGAAACAAAGAAGGAGCUCCUGGGGAGUUACGUCAAGCAGGGGACGGCCAUCGUGCCUGUGGGAGAGGCCCUUCUGGAGAACCCCAAAAUGGAACUGCUCAUCCCUGUGAAGAAGAAAUCCAUGGAUGCCCGGAUGAAGCAGCUGAUCAAGGAGAUGCUGGCUGCCAACCCACAGGACCGACCCGACGCCUUCGAGCUGGAGCUGCGCUUAGUCAACAUAGCUUUCAAAGACAGCAGCUGGGACACGUGA